AUGACCAAGAGGGAACUUGAUCAGGAUGACAUCCUAGACUCCGAGCCAAAGAAGACAAGCAUUCCUGUAGAAUCCUGGAAAAUGGUGAACAUGGAAAAUCCCAUGAAGAAGUAUACUGAACUGGAAAAUAUUGGCAGUCUUGACUGCAGCGAGGAGGAGGACGUGGAAGAAGACAGUCUUGUCUCUCAAGUGGCCAUAAAGAAAAUAAAUCUCCAAGGACUGAGGAAGAAGGGACUAAGAAUCAAUGAACUCAUGGUCCUGAAGAAGAAUAGGAAUCCCAACGUGGUUACCUGUUUAGACAGCUACCUUGUGGAUGAGCAAUUGUGGCUGGUGAUGGAGUACAUGGACGGAGGCACUCUGAGUGAUGUUAUCAGCCAGACCUACCUGUCUGAAGACGAGAUGGCAGCCAUCAGUCGGGAGUGCCUGCAAGGACUGGAUUUUCUUCAUUCCAACCAUGUCAUCCAUCGAGAUGUGAAGAGCUGCAACAUCCUUCUCAGAACUGACGGCUCUGUCAAGCUGGCUGACUUUGGCCUUUCUGCUCAGCUCACCCCUGAGCAGAGAAGACGGUGCUCAGUGGCCGGCACUUCUGGGUGUAGGGUGCCUGAAGUCGUGACAGGUCAACCAUAUGGCCCCAAAAUGGACAUAUGGUCUUUUGGAAUUGUGGGCAUCGAAAUGGUGGAACGAGAAGUUCCUUCCUGGAAUGAAAUUCCUGUCUUGACAGACGAGGCGCGGCGCUGGUCUGCCAAGGAGCUCCUGCAGGUAAAAUGCCAAGGGGCUGUAGCAUCCAUUUGUAACAUCAGCCAAGCCAGCAUCCACCCUGUCACCACUCAUCACUUCAUUGAAGAAGAAGAUGAUGACAAAAAUGUGACAGAAGACAUAGACAUUAUCUUCAUAACUAGUGUAGAGUCACCUGAGGCGCGUAUGCAGAUGUGGCCAUUCAAAGGAGAAGGAGCCAAAGAGGGGGAAUCUGAGCAAGAGGAGCAGGAGCGUCCAGCGUUGCUCACAGAAGAGCCGGAGCCAUUCCAGACAGUGGCCAAGAAGGCCUGGGGCAUGCUGGCCAUGUGCCAGCAAUAG